AUGUUCCGACGUAAGAAGCCUGAAAGUAAUGCUCCUCCUGGUAUUGGCGGAGGAAGCCGUGUAAAGCAGACCCGUGCUGAGAAGCAGGCUGAGGCCGCUCAGAAGGCCGCUCAACCAAAGAAGAGAGGUGAGGUUCCUGAACUCAUGGCUUUGCUGAACAAUCCUGAUGUGCAGAAGGAUGUGAUGAAGCUGCGAGAAGUGAUGCGUAAGGUGAUCAACUACUCGACUAUGGGAGUUGAUAUGUCCAAGCUGUUCACCCCUGUGAUUAUGGUGUCUAUUACCAAGGAUAUCGUAGUGAAGAAGAUGACGAACCAGUUCUUGGUGACCUAUGCUAAGCAGAAUCAGGAGCUGGCUAUUCUCGCUAUUAACACCUUCGAGAAGGAUUGUCGCGAUGAGAAUCCUACUGUUCGUGGAAUGGCUCUUCGUUCGCUGUGCUCCCUCCGUCUGAAGACGGUCGUGGAGUACGUGGUUCCUUGCUUGGAGCGUGGACUGGUGGACCAGAGCGCCUACGUUCGCCGCAACGCCAUCAUGGGCGUGCUGAAGCUCUACCACAUCGAGAAGGAGCGUGUGCGUGACAGCAACCUGGUGACGGCUCUUCAGAACCUGGUGCUGGACGCUGACGCGCUGGUGGUGACGAACGCCCUGCUGGCUUUGAAGGAAAUCACGGGCGAUCUCCCGAAGACGAAGCCUCUGAUCCACCACUUGCUGAACCGCCUGAAGGACUUCAACGAGUGGUGCAUGUGCGUGGUGCUCGACCUGGUGGCGCAGUACCAGCCCGAGAACGAAACGGAGUUGUUCGGAAUUAUGAAUCUUCUGGAGCCGUUCCUCCGCUAUCACAACACUGCCGUCAUUCUGGCCACGACCAAGGUCUACAUGUCCUUCACGGAGAACAUGCCGCAGGUGUUCCAGCAGGUGAUGACCCGUCUGAAGCAGCCGCUGCUGACGCUGAUGGCCAGCAACAUUCCGGAAGUGGCGUACUGCGUGCUGUCGCACAUGAAGCUGCUGAUGCGUCGCUGCAAGGACACGUUCCAGGACGAGUACCGCCAGUUCUUCUGCAGAGACAUCGAGCCCACCUUCAUCCACCAUCUCAAGAUUCAAAUCCUCCCCAUGCUGGCUACCAGCGAGAACUUCGUGGAUAUCCUGAACGAGUUGAAGGAGUACGUCCCCGGAACGCCCGAAUCGACCUCCCGCGAGGCCAUCCGCGCCAUCUGCCAGCUCGGAAUCUUGCUGGACGAGGCGCACACUCGCUGCUUCGAGACCCUGGUCGAGUUCUUCGACAUCGAUAUCGACUACAUCCGCUCGGAGACCAUCAUCGUGAUGCAGGACAUGCUGCGCAAGCAUCCCGAGAACGCUGAGGAGGUCAUGGAGCACGUGCCUCGCAUUCUGCGCAAGACCGAGGAUCCCAACGGCCGCGCUGCCUGCUUGUGGCUGAUCGGCGCCUUCCCCGACUUCUGCGCGGAUGCUCCCUACAUCGUGGAGCCUCUGAUCGACGACAUCGAGGAGCAGAAGAACAUCUGCGUGCGUCUGGAGCUGCUGACCACCGCGGUCAAGCUGUUCUUCCGCCGUGCUCCGGAGAUGCAGGCGAUGCUGGGCCGUCUGUUCAAGGCGCUGUCCGAGGACGACUCGUCUCCCGAUGUGACGGAUCGCGUGCACAUGUACUACCGCUUGCUGGCGAACGACAUCGACUCUGCGAAGCAGGUCAUUGACUCGACGGAGAACGGAGUGGAGGGCUUCGUGGACAUGGACGAGAAGCUGGUCAACACGCUCUUCUCCGAGUUCAACACGCUCUCGGUGCUCUACGAGAAGCCCGCUGCCCACUUCAUCACCACCAAGGAGCUCGUGGGUGCCGAUGCUGGCGAGUUCCAGGAAGAGGCGCCUGCUGCCGCCGCUGCUGCGGAUAUGGGCAUGGACAUGGGCAUGGGUAUGGGAGCCCCGGAGGCCGCGCCCGCUUCCUCGAUGGGCGGCUUCGACGACUUCAUGAACUUCGAUAUGGGCGGUGCUGGAGGUAAUGACAUGGGUAUGGGCGGCGUGUUCUCUCUGGACCCGAAUCCCUCGACGGACCGUGGCACGUUCCAGCAGAAGUGGACGACUCUGUCGGAGGCCCAUCAGGAAACCUUCCAGAUCAUGUCUACGCCUAGCGAUCCCAAGAUGAUCGAGGCCACUCUGCAGAACUACAACAUUGCCUUCGUGGCCAACGGAUACAUGGGACAGGUCAUGAAGAUCUUCCUGAGCGCCUACCACAGCGGCGCUGCCUUCGAGACCGAGUUGCUGAUCGCGCAGAACAACUGCAAGAUCACCGUCAAGACUGAAGACCCCAGCCAUGUCACCGACUUUGUCGAUAUUCUGAAGAGUGCGCUGAAUAGUCUUUAA